GUCUGUCCCGUUGGAAAGGAAGCUGUGCCUUUGAACAAUAAGGAUGCCUAAACUCCCACAGAAGAAGUAUUACCGGCAAAGGGCCCAUUCCAACCCCAUCGCUGACCACAACUUUGAUUACCCAGUUUGCCCUGCUGAAAUGGACUGGAGUCCUUAUUUUCCCAAGUAUUUCCCAGGAGAUAUUACAAAGAAAGUUGAAUUUGCAGAUAUAGGCUGUGGAUAUGGUGGAUUGCUAGUGACAUUAGCACAAGUUUUCCCGGAAACAUUAAUGUUGGGUAUGGAAAUUCGUGUGAAAGUGUCAGACUUCGUGGUUGACCGCAUUCAGGGUCUGAGGGACGAGAAAAAGGAAGUGCCUGGUGGAUACCAGAAUGUUGCAUGUAUUAGAACAAAUGCUAUGAAAUACCUACCCAACUUCUUUGAAAAAGGACAGAUUAGAAAUCUCAUAGGUACAUUUGAUGACUUAUCCAAGUAA